GAAUCAGUUAUCAGUCGGUGUGCGAAUUUACUGUUGAGCGUAUAGUACGAUUUAAACUUUAAAAUUUUAAAGGAACACAGGCUGAAGACGUCCGGUCUAAGGUGACUUAUAGUCCGCACUCUUUACUCAAUCAUCGGUGGUCGAUGUCCCCGGAGAUCAACGACUGAUACGGACUUCAAGUAUCAUUUGUCUCCGGCGGUGGAUCAUGAGUAACUACGCUAUGGACGUCGAUGUGGCGAAAGUCGGUUGCCCCGUUCCAAAAAUGGACGAGGUGAAAAAAGAGCUCCUCAUCAGCAUGAACGAACUGUACGCCCGAGGUCUGAAAACCAGCUGCCAGUGGUCUUCAGAUCUACUCCUAUCACUUGAAGUUGGCAACAACCCGAAACCGUUGACCAAAAAAAUAGAAGGGUACAAAAGACCAAAAAUCACCCGUAGUCUUCUGACUCCUGUACCUAAACGUAUGCCGGUUGCGAAGUCUACAGAUUUAUAUUCUAUUGACCAACUACCAAUACCAUAUAAAGAAAUGGAACUAUAUCUUCAUGCUCGAACCUGUUACAACGCCAAAGAAUAUCAAAGGGCAUCAUUUUGGUUGAAAAAUUGUUGUUCAAAAAUACCAUUAUUUCUGAAAAUGUAUUCAGAUUAUUUGGCUGCUGACAGUAAUAUUAAAAACAUUGGUAGUGAAGCGACACCUUCCAUGUUUAGAGAAUACCGAAAUUUGUUAGAUUAUUUGUCUCAACUAUUAGAGUCGAUACGACAAAAAAAAAAGGGAGAUGGAUAUUUGACAUAUUUACUUGGUGUGGUGUACGUGAAAUUAGAGCAAUACGAGGCAGCAGUUAAAAUGCUUGUUGAAUCUAUAAACGAAGUGCCACUUAAUUGGCAUGCAUGGAUGCAACUUGGUGAUCUUAUUGUAGAUCGAGUUAAAUUAUCAAAGCUAGAGUUACCCAAUCAUUGGAUGAAAAAUUUUUUCUACUGUCAAAAAUAUUUGGACUUGCAGUUAAAUGAACAGAUGCUAGGUAUGACACAGUAUUUAUUCAAUUGUGGUUUCAGUGACAGUAUAUUUCUCCAAUCUAGAGUGGCAGUUUGUUACCACAACAAAAGAUACAUUGAAAUAGCAGUACAAAAAUUUCAAGAGCUCAUUGAAAUUGAACCUUGUCGGCUGGAAAAUAUGGAUACUUAUUCAAAUUUAUUGUAUGUACAACAUCAACGAGUUGAACUAGCUUAUCUUGCUCAGCGUGCAGUCAAAAUUGAUAAAUAUCGUGUGGAGACUUGUUGUAUUUUGGGCAACUAUUAUAGUCUUCACGGGGAACAUCAAAAAGCUAUGCGUUACUUUCAUCGCGCGCUUAAAUUGAAUCCUUUGUAUUUGGCUGCCUGGACACUACUUGGUCAAGAGUAUAUGGAACUUAAAAAUUCAAACGAUGCGAUACAGAGCUAUAGCAAAGCCUUGGAAAUAAAUAAAUACGAGUAUAGAGCAUGGUAUGGUUUGGGUCAAACAUAUGAAAUACUUGGCAUGUUCAAACACAGCCUCUAUUUUUUCAAACAAGCGCAAUUGCUAAGACCAUUUGAUAGCCGUAUGAUAAUUGCUGUUGGCAAUGUAUAUGAAAAAUUAGGUAAUAUAGACAUGGCAUUUCAAAGCUACUUAAAAGGGCGAGCGAUGGGCGAUGACGAAAAGCUUGGCCUCAUAUACUUAGCAAAAUUGUAUGUAGUUAUAAAUAGACCAAAUGAUGCUGCAAAAAUGUUUUUGGAAUACAUUGAAGAGCAUGGACUAGAUGAACAGACUCGUGAUCACAGCUAUGCUUAUAUGUUCCUUGCAAAUUACAAUUUGAAUCGUAUGAACUAUGAUCAAGCAUUUCAUUAUGCACAAAAAUGUUUGAACUAUGCUGAAACCAAAGAAGAAGCUAAAGCGUUGUUGAAAACUAUAGUUCAUGAAAGAAUACACAUGGAAGUUGAUAACAUAUUGUGUACACCAAUGAGUGAGAAACAAUCUAAGGAUAAGGAUUAUGAUAAAGAAGAAAUGCCCAGACAGUUGGAAUUGUUGUCCCUCACACAAAAAUAUGAAAUGAAUCAAAAUGAAGACGAUGAUGAUGAAAGUAGCGACGAAGAAGAACAUUUGUGUAAUAAGAUAACAAUGUAUAUGGAUUUAGUAGAAUAGGAAGAAUUAAAUGUUGAUUAAGAUUUUUAAAUAGAUUAUUUUAUAUUUUAUUUUAGAAUGAUUAUUGAUUAAUUUUGUUCCAAUCGAAUUGAAAAAAUAGGUUAUGAUAUCAAUACUGAAUUAUUUUCAUAAUCUAUGUUUUGUGCAAAUAAGACUGAUAAAGUAUUUAUCUAUACUUUUAAGUAUGAUUUUUAAAUCAAUUAUGUAUAUAAAUUUAUUUAAUUUGAUCAUUACCUAGCGUUUAAGAAUAUAAUACUUUAAAAGAAAAUUCAUCACUAUUUUCAAUUUUAUAAUUUCCUGUGACCUGUUAAUAAUCAAAUUGUAUUUAAAUCUCAGAUGUGUCGAUUGUUUAAGCAUUAUGAGUUCAAACCUAUUUCUGAUGGAAUUCUAUUUAAAUAUAUAUGAAGGUAUGUUACCUAUUUGUAUUUACGUAUUACUUCAGUAAUAAAUAGUCAAUAAGUCCUAAUCGUCUAAGCAUACCAAUCAAACCGUAAUUUAUUUGGCUUUUUUGAUACACUGUAUUAAACCAGUGCCGCUUCUUUACUGUCAUAUAUAUUAUUAUAUUUUACUAUUAUUUAUCAUUAUCACCAACGUAUUGUUUCCGAACUUAAAUGUCCUUUGUCCUUUUAUUGUUUUUUAUAAUAAAUACAGUACUAUAUUAUUUUA